GCCCACUGCGCCGGAGCUAGCGCCCUACUAGAGGGGUAGGGAAGGUAGGGUCCCUACCCCUGGGCCACCACUCUCUCCUUGCCUAGCCAAGAGUUACUCCGCCCCCGCGUCCUGCCCCCUUUGUCUUGGGUCCUCCGGCUGCAGGCCGGCAGGGGAGGAGUUAACUCCGGAGGUACCGGCUGGGCUCACGGUACCUGCCACCGCCGCCGCCGCCGCCGCCUGUGGGAGGGACGAGGAAGCGGGAGCCGACCGGGCGCCAGGAGCGCUCCAGUCUGGCGGGUGCUGCGCGGGGAGCGGCGGCAGAGCACCGCGCGGCCAGGGGCGUCCGCUAGGGGGCGCGCCGCGACGGGGCGGGAGGGGCCGUCUGGUCUGGGGAAUUAGCACCAGGGACGGGCGCGCGCGCGGGUCCCCAGCACAUCUGGGCGAGAGCGGCGCCGCUGUAACCGAGGAGAGCGCCGAGCGCAGAUCUGGGGCGGCAAAGCCACCGCGCAACUGGGACCCCUCGAGGAUCUCGGGGUGCACAUCUGGGACCUCGAGAAGGGGCCGCGCCGCGCGCAGCUGGACCGGGGAAAAGGGGCGGCGGCUGCACAGCUGGACCGAAGGGGGCGGGGUCGGUCCCGGGUGGCUGGCAAAAGCGAGGGCCGCGAGUCGCCGGCGACUGGAACAUGGGACAGCGCGCCUGAAAGAGCAGGGGUGAGACAGGGGCCUGGGACCCCCGAGAGGAAAAGAGGAGAGAAAGGUGCUCGAGAGCAAAGGAGGAUGCAACUGACUCGCUGCUGCUUCGUGUUCCUAGUGCAGGGCAGCCUCUAUCUGGUCAUCUGUGGCCAGGAUGAUGGUCCUCCUGGCUCAGAGGACACUGAGCAUGAUGACCACGAGAGCCAGCCUCGACCCCGGAUGCCUCGGAAGCGGAGCCACAUCUCACCUAAGUCCCGCCCCAUGGUCAACUCUACUCUUCUAGGGUUGCUGGCUCCACCUGGAGAGGCAUGGGGGUUCCUUGGGCAGCCCCCCAAGCGCCCGAACCAUAGCCCUCCACCUUCGGCCAAGGUGAAGAAAAUCUUUGGCUGGGGCGACUUCUACUCCAACAUCAAGACGGUUGCCCUGAACCUGCUUGUCACGGGGAAGAUUGUGGACCAUGGCAACGGGACCUUCAGCGUCCACUUCCGACACAACGCCACGGGCCAGGGCAACAUCUCAAUCAGCCUCGUGCCCCCCGGUAAAGCCGUAGAGUUCCACCAGGAGCAACAGAUCUUCAUUGAAGCCAAGGCCUCCAAAAUCUUCAACUGCCGAAUGGAGUGGGAGAAGGUGGAACGGGGCCGCCGGACCUCGCUGUGCACCCACGACCCAGCCAAGACCUGCUCCCGAGACCACGCUCAGAGCUCAGCCACCUGGAGCUGCUCCCAGCCCUUCAAAGUUGUCUGCGUCUACAUUGCCUUCUACAGCACGGACUAUAGGCUGGUCCAGAAGGUGUGCCCAGAUUACAACUACCACAGCGAUACUCCCUACUACCCUUCCGGCUGACCCUGGGCAGGCCACAGAGGCCAGGCCAGGGCUGGAAGGACAGGCCUGCCCACACAGGAGGUCAUCUGUCUGGACACUGGGCAGGGAAGGGGAGGGGUCUCAGGCAGGGAGUCAGGUGGAGAGUAGUGGAUGCCAAGUGGGACCAGGGCCUCUGAAGUCAUGGGAAAGGGGUCCCACGUGUUGGCCCCAACCUGAGGUUGUGGAGUGACUAGGACUCAGGUGCACUGGAGGAGGAGUGGGUUCUCUGUGCAGCCUCACAGGGCAUCCUCACGGAGCGACAGGCAGAUGCUGCAUCCAAGGAGGCCCCUGAGGCAGACAGACCAGCAUGGCCCCAAUAAAGUCACGGAGAGGAGCCGAAAACCUUGGCUUAUUCCCUUCCAUCCUGACGGGACAGCAACCAGGAGAGGGGCAUUUCAUCAGCAUGGACACCAAGUAGGCAAUGAAGGAUCGCUGAAUGGGGGCCUCCUGAGAGCCAGCACUGGGGGGGGGGCGGAGGCAGGAGGAACUUUCUAGCCCCGCUCGCUCGUGGGCAGCCCUGAGCCUUUUGUCCUGGACUGUGGACCAAGUUCGGCUUGAGGUUGAAGUGGUGACCUUGGAGUCUUCAAUGUCUUGACAAAUAGACCAUCUGCCCCAGCCAGGCUACCCCUUUCCCAAACUCCCUCUCCUGCCGUUGAUUCCCCACCCGUCCCCAUGCUGAUGGGACGCCCUUCCUUAAGCUGAGACAGACGGUGAUCAUGGUUCUCCCAGCACCAAGGCCACAGGUGGAAGCCCGCCUGUGCGCCUGUGUCCUUCCCCCCCGGCCCCGACCCCUGCUGGCUCCUCUGGGAGCAUCCUUGUCCAGCAAGCCGUCCUUCCCUAGUCAGUCUUGCCUGUCAGACUGGGGCUCCUCCAGAUGGAGAUGUUGCCUUCCCUCUUGGGCUGUGGGGCUGGGGGAGGCCAGACUCUGGAGGGCGUGCUAAACCUGUUCUGUGGUGUCUGUCUGUGGGUUGGGUGGGGGGAGGGAGGUCUUGUGAAAUCACCCGGUUGUCGACUUCUGUGUGCAGCAUCUUGUUCCUGGAGCAAGGAAUAAAGCUUCCCUGGGCAUUGGAUUCUGAGUGUUUGGGGGAAAGGGCCCCAGGCGCCCCGUGCUCCAGCCAGCAUCUCACAGAUGAUGGCUGGCCAUUUCAUGGAAACCAGAGCCACAAGGUUCAAACAGCUGUGGGAGCUGACGCUCCCUGAAGGCACCAGGGCUCCCUCCACAGCCCUUUUCCCAGCUGUUGGGAAGGGCCGUGAACACUGUGCCUGGCGCAGCCAAAGCAGCGGGGAGAGAGGGCUGGGAGGUGGGAUGGGCCAUACAAGGCUGUUUUUUCCUUGUUGGCUCCAUGGGUGCGUAGGCCCCGCGGGGGUCCUAGCUGGGUUAGUAUUUUGCUCUGGACUUGCACAAGUCCACUCUCUCGGGGGUUCUUUCCAUUCCUUCUCUAUAAAUUGAGGGGCUGGCUCAGCCCAGAGGUUCUCGAAUGUGAGUGGCCCUCUGAGCCGCCAAGAGGGUUGGUUUGUUAAAACACAGAUUUCUGGGGCCCAUCCCUGAGUAGGUCUGGGCGGGGCCUAAGAGUUUGCCUUUCUAACCAGUGCGCAGGUAGACUCUGAGGCUCCUGGCUCCGGGACCAUACUGUGAGGACCGGUCAGAUGACUUCUAAGUUCCUUUCCUGAUGAAGCUGAAGGCAAAAGCGAAUGGGUGAGGAGACACCUCUGAUGCUCUCUCCCAACUGUGACUUCCACCCAUCUGCUUGUCCUGGGGAAGUCUCCUGGGAAGGAUCCUUUCAGAGAAUCAGGAGUAUUGGGCUUUCAAUCUGAUGACCUGCUAGUGAAGGAACAGGCCAGGGUGGAGUGGGGAUAGAAGGGGCCUUGAAAGCAGCCAUUCUCAUGCCCUAGCCAAUAGGAGGCCUCAGAAUGGAUAGCUAUCUGUGGCACCUUUUCUGGGAGUUGGCUGGGCCCUCUGAGGCUCAAUGAGGGGAAAGCUGGGCCCCCCACUACCAGGACCACAGUGCCUCCCUGGAGUCCAUAUUAGAUCUGCUCUCUUGGGAGGGCAGCACUCAGGUCUCCUGGGUCCCUUUUGGCCAUGUAGCCAAGUGAGGUGAGUCCUAGUAUGAGGGGAAGAUGGCCUCGCUACCUUCAGCCUGUCUCCCCUGCCCACCAGUGCUGAGCAUGGACCUGUCCCCCUCACAGUGCAGAACAUAGCUGGCUGAGGCCUUUGACGCCGCCUUGUUCUAUGAAGUGACCCAGAAGCUCACACUCCUGUUCCCAGCUUUUCCCCCCUGUGCCAUGCUUCCUGGGGCCAUCUCUCCUGAGCAGAGACUUGAGGCACUCUCGCACUCCUCCAUGCCACUCUCUCCCGUCCCAUCCUGGGGAUGGUGCUUAGAGGUCAGAGAGGCCCAGGGGUUUGGGCCCUGCUGCGUGGUUUUAGGGUUGCUGGAAUCUGG